AUGAUUACCCAAAUUGUUGAGGAAAUCAAGGAAAUCAAAACUCAUAUGUCCAAAUUAACCAAUGCUUUAACUGUAGUUGAGCGGGAAAAAUUUCCAGCACAAGCUCAACGAAACCCUAGAGGACAACAUAUGGCACAAACCUCAGGCUCAAGAGAAAACAACCUUAAGGAAUUUAAUGCCAUAACCACUCGGUCUGGUAAGGUUAUUGAACCAACCUCCAAAUCUAAUGAAUAUGAAAAGGACCCUAGCAAUUUAGAAGAGAGUACCCUUAGCGAGGAGGUAGUGAAAAAUCCACCGCGAGUACCCUUUCCUCAAGCUCUUAAAGCCACCGCGAAAUCUAUUGGUCAACAUAGUGAAAUCUUAGAGCACCUUAAACAAGUAAAGAUCAAUUUACCUCUUUUACAUAUGAUCUCCCAGGUUCCCACAUAUGCUAAAGUCCUAAAAGACUUGUGCACUAUAAAGAGAAAACACCAUGUCAAGAAAACUGCUUUCUUGACUGAGCAUAUUUCACAAGUCCUUCUUGACCUAGGGGCUAGUGUUAACAUCAUGCCUUACUCUAUUUACUUGUCAUUAGGCCUAGGAGAAAUAAAACCUACAUCCGUAAGUUUACAAUUGGCUGAUCGAUCCACAAUACGACCAAGGGGUGUAGUUGAGGAUGUGCUAGUACAAAUUGAUAAAUUUUGUUACCCCGUUGAUUUCUUGGAGGAUUUAAAAGAGGAUGUGAAUGUUAACUCCAAUAUUUCCAUUAUUCUAGGUAGCCUUUUUCUUGCCACAGCUAAUGCUCUUAUCAAUUGCAGGAAUGGUCUAAUGAAACUAUCAUUUGGGAACAUGACCCUGGACGUCAACAUCUUUCACAUCGUGAAGCAACCUGAGGAAAAUGAUGAGUGUCAUAGUUAUACAUGA